CCCCGCGCCAGCGACGCCCGCCCGCCCGCCCGCCAUGGCGGAGUGGGCCCCCGCCCAGCUCCAGGAAUGGAACGUGGAAGCUCAACAUCUGAUGCCCCUCCAACCUCCUCUGGUCCCCGAGCUGAGCCACAUGCGAGAAGCGCAACUGCACACCGCUGAGGCCUCCCUCUGGAGCGUGGUGGCCACCGUCCAAGCCAUGGAGAGGAAGAUCGACCUGCUCGCCACCCGGUUGCUCAGCUUGGAAGGCCGAUCCGGGACAGCCGAGAAGAAGCUCUUGGAUUGUGAGAAGACAGCUAUGGAAUUCGGGAACCAGCUGGAGAACAAAUGGGCCGUCUUGGGCACCCUCAUUCAAGAAUACGGCCUCCUGCAGAGAAGGCUGGAGAACAUGGAGAACCUUCUCAAGAACCGCAAUUUCUGGGUCCUCAGGCUGCCCCCGGGAUCCAAGGGAGAAAUCCCCAAGAUGCCGGUUACAUUUGUGGACAUUGCGGUUUAUUUCUCCGCCGAAGAGUGGAAGAAUUUGGCUGAUUGGCAGAAAGACCUGUACAACAAUCUUCUGAAGGAGAACUACGAAUCCUUGCUAGCAUUCGGUGCCAACGUCAAUGUUGCCAAACCUGAGGUGCACCCCAGGGCCGAGCGGGGGGCUCCCGAACCCAGCGUCCCAGAGCCGCCGAGCGCAAAGGAGCGCGAUGUGAUCCCUGAGCCUUGCACAGGACCCUUGGCCUCCACGCCGGAUAUCCUGACACGCAUCAAGCAGGAGGGGGGCAUUCAGCGGAGGAGGUCCCUUCUCCGAGGACAGAGGCCCGGUGGCUAUCCAUGUGCAGGGGCCCAGGGGCUCAUGUCCGCCCAUGAUUUUUUAUCUUGGAUUAAGCAAGAAGAGAGUUCGUGUGUCCGACAUCAAUGGGACGCAUCGGAAAGGGAGACCCUCCCUGCGCAUGGGGGCCCAGCUGGAGACACAAUGACCAUCAAAGCUGAGCAGCCGCGCCUGUGCCCGGAAGAGUCGGUGAGACCUCGGGAGAUGCUCUUCCAGGGAGAAUCUCCUGCAGCAGCCGUUCUCGCUGUUCCUCCAGCAGCGGAAAGCUAUGAGGCUCCUCGUGGGCCACCUGUCAGCCCCACCAAAUGUAGAGCGGGUAAAUCUCUGGAGUUAGACAGUGAGCUGCAAAGCAUCCUGGGCCCUCCUCAGGGCUCUGCUGAACGGCCCCACGGCUGCAGUGAGUGCGGCAAGAUGUUUGGGGUGAAAAAGAGCCUCAAAGUCCACCAGCGCAGCCACCACGGCCAAGCCCGGCCGUACGAGUGUGCCGAGUGCCGCAAGAGCUUCAACUGCCACUCAGGCUUGGUGCGGCAUCAGAUGACCCACCGGGGUGAGCGCCCUUACAAGUGCGCCGAGUGCGGCAAGUGUUACAGCCGCAAGGAGCACCUGCAGAACCAUCAGCGGCUGCACACGGGUGAGCGCCCUUUCCAGUGUCCCAUCUGUGGGAAACGGUUCAUCCGGAAGCAGAAUCUGCUCAAGCACCAGCGCAUUCACACGGGCGAGCGUCCCUACCAGUGCGCUGAGUGCGGGCGCAGCUUCCGCUACAAGGAGUCGCUCAAGGACCACCUGAGGACUCACAGCAACGAGGCCUCGGCCCAGCGACUCCUGCCCGGGUUGGGGGGUGACGGUCUCCCUUAGCACCCCAUAGCAGCGGGAGAGAGCCCAGCCUCUCAGCCCGUCCAUCCAAUCGAGCCCCCCCCCCCCCAGCACUCCCUCUGCAGCCCCCAGUCCCACACCUUAAUUCUAGCUGAUGUGGAAAAACAGCUGGACAGAUGGGCUGCAGUAGACAGACUCAUUCUGAGCCAGAAUCUGUGCCAACUGCCAUAAAACCAUUUCUGAAAAAGGACAUGACAGUGUGCAGAGGUGAUGUAUAGCUGUUUGCAACCAACUACUGCACAAGUCUCAGUCCUUUUCAGCUGAGGAUGGUACGUGCACGUGUGCAGGAUGUUAUUCCUUGCAUGUAAGACACUUAACGACAAGCGGUCUCAUUUUGCUGGACGCUCAAAGACAUUGUGUGUCUUUCGGGCUUCUGUUGGAUGCCGCCAGCUGCACAGUUAUACUUUUCCCAUAGGUUUCUGACAGAGUGACUCACAACUUAUAGCGGCAGAACUACGCUCCGGAUGGAUCCUGUGCUUUAAAAAAAAAAAGAUGUUUUUCCAGAUGUACGGAUGGAACCAUUUACAUGGAAAACUUUACGUUGUGUAGCUCGCAUUCCGUGAGACUUCUUGUUCGAGCCACCAAUUGUUUCCUUUCUCUUUCUUUUCCUCUUCACUUCCUUUUCUGGUUCCCCGUUUUAUUGCGAGCGCGGGAAAAUCUUUCGAAUUUUUGAAAGAAAUGUGGGUCUGACCUGCAGCAACCAUAUUAAUUUGUUCUCCCUGGGCUCUCUCCUCUGCUGCUUUUAGGAUUUUAAAACUCCCUUUUAUCUCAUAAAAUGUGGGCCGCCUCGUUUUAUUUUUUAAACGAACAAUAUAUUAUUCACCCACAGAGAGACGUUCUUUUCAGGAUGUAGUUUUGUAUUGAAGGUGCAUUGCAAAUAAAGACAAAUUACCAAAAAAUGGAA